UAUGCUUGACGUUUAGAACCCUUAGCGAGAACCUGAAAACGUUAAAAAUAAUGUCCUCUUUUGUAAGGCAACUUUUUAGGGCACCACUCGUCACACGAUGUAGACUUUUAAGCCCGAUGUCGACGGUAUCCAAAGCUGCAAAUGCCGUAGCUUCCAGUUUUCUUGUCCAGAAACUCGAGAAGAAAGUCAAAUGUGGUAUGCUACAUGUAACAUGGAAUAACAACUCCGUGAAUCGCUAUCCUUUUACGUACCUCCGCGAUAACUGCCAGUGUUCAGAGUGCUUCCACGAAUCUGCUUUCCAGCGAUCAUUUGACACUGUGGGCAAGUUAGAUCCGAAUGUUUCGCCGGAGGACUACAACGUCAUAUCAGAAGGAAAAGAGAUAGUCAUUGCAUGGCCCGAUGGACACGUCAGUGUGUUUGACUCAGACUGGCUGCACUCUCGUCGACUGAACGAUGCGAAGGAUGAUCCGAGCAGUGAAAUGUCCUCUACUCUUAACAGAGAAGGGGUAGAAUUUUGGAAUGCUGAAACUCUUCAAGGAAAUGUUCCAAAGCUCGAUUUUCAGGAGCUCAUGGAGGAUGAUGGUGCACUUCUAGAUUGGAUAAAAAAUUUGCACAUUGUAGGUAUUGCUUUGGUGAUCAACACUCCCUUGGAGGUGGGACAAGCAGAAAAACUAUGUGAUAGGGUUGGAUAUUAUAAGACCACUCACUAUGGGCAUUAUUUUGAUGUGAAAACGAAAUAUGAAGCAAAUAACUUAGCAUAUACUUCAAACUUCUUGCCACUGCAUAUCGACCUGCCGUUCUAUGAUUAUAUACCAGGGGUUCAGAUGUUGCACUGCAUUGAGCAAGCCACUGGUACAGGCGGAGCAAACCAGUUUGUAGAUGGCUUCUUCGUUUCACAGGAGCUUCAAAAGAAAGAUCGCAAAAAAUUUGAUAUCCUGACAAAGGCGCGAAUCCAGUUUGUUGACAUUGGAAAGGAUAUGUUUGGGGAUUUUCACUACAAAUUUGCUCGACACACGAUUGAGUUGGACAAGAACGGCCAAAUUGUACGUUUUGCUUACAACAACCACGUGCGAGACUCUGUAGUGCUCAACUCCACCCCUGAGGAGACUGUUCAGCUUUACGAAGCUUAUCUUACUCUGGGCAAGAUGUUAAGGGACCCGGCCAAUCAAAUGGAGCACAAAAUGGUCCCUGGGGAUAUGAUCACCUUCAACAACAGUCGUGUGUUGCAUGGGAGAUCAGCUUUUACUGUCAAAGGGGGACAAAGUCGGCACCUUCAUGGCGUCUACCUGGAUUGGGAUAUCAUGUACUCUCGUAUGAGAGUGCUGGCGAAAAAGCUGAAUGUUCCGCUUUUGUACUAAAGCGUACUACAUCGUUCUGGAGGUGAAACAAACAAAAAGGGCUUUGGAAACCUGGUCGAGGUGAACUAAAACAGUAUUAAGCCAUUAUACGACCCUUUCCGAUACAAAGAAAAAAAUCAUUUUGAUUAUUUACGGUAUUUUUAGCAAAAAAAUUAUAUUUUGAUAUUAAUUGUUUUUCGGGAAUAUAUUCUUCAACAUACAUCAGGCGUGAGUGGCUUUAGAAUGGGGAUAAAACGCACCUCGAUAUUGUUAGAAGUUUUUCCAACACUCUUCAGUAGUCGAUACUUUCUUUUUUUCUUCACCUUAAACUUAACACAACUUACUGCCUUGGGGUGUAGUUUAGAUCUGAGUGAAAUAUUGGUCACCAGUUUAUAAUGGUGACACUUACUGGGCUCUCAAUCCACAUCCAUCGUCAUCGUUUCUCAACUUAGCUAGCGAAUCAGGUUAAAUUACGUAAAACAGAUUCCGCAUACUAUGUAUGUUCCUUCGUAAUAUUUACUUUUUAAAAAACUAUUUCCUACAUCAAAUUGUUUACUCUUGCGGCGAAGGUCGGGCAAAACGAAAACAAGGUUGGUGAUGUAAAAAUUAUAGAAUACCUAUGGAAAGAAUAAAUAUCACAUUUAAAGAGAUA